AUGGUGCGAGCUUUAUCUGCUCCUAAUCUUUUUUUGCUAUUCGUUCUAAAUAUUUCUGUUUCCUUUAAUUUGGUCGUAUACCAAUUCUGCAUAUUUGUUUCAGGCCAGGGUCGUGUGAACCAAUUAGGCGGAGUAUUUAUUAAUGGAAGGCCACUACCAAACCACAUUCGGUUGAAAAUUGUGGAAAUGGCUGCGGCUGGAGUCAGGCCUUGUGUCAUUUCGAGACAAUUGAGAGUGUCCCAUGGAUGUGUUAGCAAAAUACUGAAUAGAUACCAGGAAACUGGAUCCAUCCGACCCGGCGUCAUUGGUGGUUCGAAGCCGCGAGUGGCUACCCCAGAAGUGGAGAGUAGAAUUGAACAGUACAAAAGGGAAAAUCCCUCAAUAUUCAGCUGGGAAAUUAGAGAUCGGCUGGUCAAAGAAGGCAUAUGUGAUAGGAGCACCGCACCAAGUGUUUCAGCCAUUUCUAGACUUCUUAGAGGCAAAGGGGGAGACUGUGAAGAAAAAUCGUCCGACAAUGAAAAUGGUUCAGACUGUGAAAGCGAGCCGGGUAUUCCCCUAAAAAGAAAGCAAAGAAGGUCUCGCACCACAUUCACUGCACACCAACUGGACGAACUGGAGAAAGCAUUCGAAAGAACACAGUAUCCAGAUAUUUAUACCAGAGAGGAAUUGGCUCAAAGAACCAAAUUGACGGAAGCCAGAAUACAAGUUUGGUUCAGUAAUCGACGUGCUCGUCUCAGAAAGCAAUUGGCAUCUAGUUCUUCGUCGUCUUAUUCAUCGUUGGGAGUUGUGGGAAACCCCUAUUCGGGUCCAACAGCCCCCUAUCCGCCUCUGGGUCAACCCUUAGGUGAGGGCAGCUUUCCAACAACCCCAGCCACUUCGGGAAGUCAAAUGACAGAAUUGUACCCUAGCCAUGGUUCCGCCCAUUCUUCAUCCCCGAAUUUACCCCUCUCGUCACACUCACAUAACCCUUACCCUUCUCAUUCAGUAUAUCCGUCGACCAUCAUGCCAAUAUCUCAAUCGAUAACAACCCCGUCGAGUAUGUCGUCCAAUAUUCAGCCGAGCGUAUCACCCUCUUCAAACAACAUGACUCCCGUGGGUGGUGGAAUAGAAAAUUUGAAUCAAAAUAAUAACACUGGAUACAAGGAGGAGGGUAACCUCCGAAACUCGGCCAGUCCUGGAGCUCAACAACAUGUCGGCGUCUAUCCCAACAUGCCUUCUCCAACCAACCCCAUGCUCACCAUGCUCGGACCUAAUAGCAGUAACAGUAACGGUAACGAGUCACCAUGUACCAACGACGCUGUAAUUUCUAACAAUAACAAUAACAACAACGUCCACAUACCGAACCAAUGGUCAAGCCCGAAUUCGAUGAAUCGUACCACAAGUCCUUGCGGUGUUAACCAAGUCCUUUCAGGAGGAAUCGGACAACUUAGCCAACCGUUGGGAGUUCACACCCAGAGUCUAACCAGUUUUGGGCAAAACGGUUUACACAAUCCUGCAAUUCAUAGUUACAGCCCUCAUCAUAACGCUGGUAAAGCGUUUGGUCAUCAGCCUUUCUAUGGAUGGUAUUGACCUACAGAAACAAAUCGAUAAAGCGAUUUUGGCACCUAGGUAUAUUAGUGGCCAAUUGGGGACUUAUAUAUGGUUCGUAAACAGUGAAAAUGGUAACUGAUGUUAACUAAAUGACUCAAUUAGUGGUAAAAGUGUGACCAGUGAUUGGAAGUACAAGUUUAUUUUGAUUUAUUAUUAUU